AUGGCCUUCCGCCUGGCAUUGAGAGCUCCCACGAGCUAUGCAUUCAAUAAUAGCCUAUCAAUCACAGCUAGAAGAGCAUACUCAACAAGUAAAGAGUCAAACUAUUUCACUGUCGAACUAAGUCCUAAAACAAAAGAUCUCUCACAACUACUGCAAACUGUCAAGUCUCAAAUCAAGAUCACCAAUCCCAGUCGUCAUGAUGCCGCAGUCAUUCUAGCAACACCACAGUAUGCGCAAUGGCUAGAGAAGGAUGGCUUCAUGUCAGAGUUUGUAGAACUACUGUCUGGUUCUGAAAAGGCAGAGCACUUCCACAUCCUCGGCGCUGUCGUUGAUCAUAUCGCUCCGCCAGUGCCGAGCAACAAGCCAGUUCAGGGCUUAUCCAUUCUCCGUGGUAAACUCGAUUCAAUCCUACCAGGGCUAUGGAUUCCAGAAGGACCAAAGGCCAGAGAAGAUGCCGAUAAAGUGGCGGCUUUGACGAUGGAUCUUGGCAACCCACACAUCACUAUUCCUCUAACCAACACCACCUUCCAGAACCACAAGACCUCGACACUUAUUGUCAGCCGUUACGACUUGUCUCAGGAUUCACCGAAGCUUGUUGAACAAACAGAGAAGAACUCGCAGAAAAUAACGCUUCCUCUCCAAAAGAAGCUGCCGUCGAUCAACGACCUCGGUAUCUGGGCUCCCCUUGUUCCCCUGACUCGUCCUCGUGUGGUAACCGAGAGCUUUGGCAACAUCGUCCGACGGAUCACCAUUAAUAACGAAUCCAUCCCUGCGUCAAACGAGCUCGAACCUGCAGUCGAUGAACUACAUACCCGAAAAUCCGAUCUGGUUCAGUCACCCAUGGGUAUCUGGGCAAUAAUCACGCCCCCGACAUUCGAUCAGCCCGGCAACAGCUCCAGCUCUGUUGAUCCCGAUUCAGAGGUAACGUUCAGCGAGGGCUUGAAUAUCACGGACCUGGUUGCUUCUACAUCAUGCCACUUGGCCGGACUAUAUAAGCAAGGUGGUCGGCUAUAUCAGAUUUUGAGCGGUGGCGGCGGCUGGGGAGCAAAGAAGGGUCUUCUUUCACUUGACCCUCAGCGAACUCACUUUGCUUUGUCUGAAGAAGAAGAGAUGCAGAGAUUCAUCCAGGCCAUGGACGGUGGUAACUUCGUCCCUGUGGGCUCUAAGAUCCAAUUCUUUGCAUCGACAGAGACAUCGGCUGCUGAGACAGUAGGUGAUAGAAAGACGGCCAUAGUCUUUGGAACGGCCACCAAGGUAGAAUCUGAGGCUGAUACACAGUCGUCUCGGCCUGAGGCUAGUUUAUUGGAAGACCACUUCGGUGCUCUAUCCGACGAUGGUAUCUUUGUCACUUCGGCUGAUGCUGCUGCGGUUACAACACCUGGCUUUAACAACGAUUGGAAACUCAACGUUCCCAACUCCCGAAUCUAUGUUGAAAUCUGA